UGGAGGGUCCUGGGCCAGCGUGUGAUGUCACAGACCCCAGAAGAACAGAGUAGCCACACGGAGAUCAUAGACCAGCAUUGGAGACAGAAGCCCCCCGUUGCCCCUCAGUGCAGGAUGUCACAGGAGUUGUGGAUGUGGGCAAAAUAUCAGGUCCUCUCCUCUCUGAGGCUGCCGUUCGCUAUCGGAGCCAUGCUACCUGCUGUUAAGAAAGCUUCAGGUAAAGAAGUGACCAACGACACAAGUUCUACAUUUCCGAAAUCGAAUCCUUCGUGUAAACAAGAUUACCCCAUGAAGUCAUCUCGCACACAUCAGGAACUGCACAAGGAGUUGUUGCUCACUUACAACAAGGGCCUUGUCCUUCAUAGCAAACCUGAACUGUUGCGAGUUUUGGAAAAACGAAGGUCUCAGGGGAAAGAGGGACAGGAAGACACAAAACAGAUCUCCUCGCCCCUGGAGCAGGAGUUGCAGAAAUGGCAGCAAAGGAGGGAAGAGAGGGAACAUGCAUCUUCGAUAAAAAACGACAAGUCUGGAGUGCACGAGUUCCUGCGAGUAAGAGAAAAUCUUCGUAAAUCUGCAACGAGGGACACGGAAAACCCUCCGUCCCCUGCCAGCUGAACACACUCAUUAAUAAUCCCCUCACAGACUCAAGAUUUAUGUCUCCGUAUUCAUCAAGGGAGUCCGUGCAGAACCAUUGCUACAGAACAUUGUGUUCCAAGGACUGAGAAGGCUCCAAGGCCUAGCAGAGCAACGUUCGUUGUCAGUAACACAGUAUCACUGUCGAUAUUCUUCACUGCAGUACGACCCCAGUCCCAAAUCUCUGCACAUCAUAAUUUUAUAUCUUCUUACCUGCAGAUCAUUUGAUUUAUCCGUAGGAGCCGACACAAAUUGUAUAACCCGCUGUCCUGAUAUCACAGCAUUAUCAUUUAACCCCAUCACUGCCAGACAUGUGUAAAACAUUGCCAUAUAAACAUUGAAACCAAUAUCUAUUUUUUUCUUAACAGAUCGCUAGGGUAAAAUAAUCUGCAAAUCUAUCUCACUG